UCAAUCAGUGCUGUGUGUAAAAGCAUUUGCCACUGUGCGUUCUUGCACUUGCGUUCUCGCUGCCCUCCGCGCAUUCGCAGUUACAGUCGUUAAUUAAAUCGGUUCGUUUUGGUUCAGGUGCAAAGGAUUUCGACAUUUGCUGAAGCGCAACAGGUUUAUCUAAGCAUCUGAUCUCCGCAUAAACUGCCGCGGGUCGCAUCGCUUUUCAAAAGAAAAGAGACCUGCGUUGGAGCAUUUCCCGGUGCGACUAGAACUUGCUGUAGUUCUGGUGUCGCCAACACCUCCAGUUUACAAUAUUCCUUUUGCAUUACCACCGAGUUAAUCCGAAUCAAUUCUUCAUUCUUCUAUGACCGAGUUACGUGCAGGUUGCAUGUGGUAUUGCAGUGUGGAGAAUCCGUUAUGAAGGCUGUGGAGACAAGAAGGGACCCAAGGUGCGCCGAAGACAUGGAGAGGAAAGCGGUGUCUUACAAACGGCAGUAUUGCUGCAGGACUUUCGCAAAUGUCCUUUCGUUGUUAUUUUCGGUGGUGUCCCUUGCUUAUUGCAUUGUACUGGGUGUGCAAACAUCUGAGAUCAGAGAGCGCGUGGCGGAACUGGAAACUGGAAACGCGGAGCUUCUGUAUCGCCCGGAUCCAGGCUUUUCUAUGGAAAAGCUUAAUUCACUGAUACAUGACAGAGUCGAUCAACUUCUUUCACAGAGGUCCUAUGAGCAUUUUGCCAAGAUAAGGAUAGCAAGACAAGCUCCACCUGAAUGCAACUGUCCACCAGGGCCAGCAGGAAAGCGUGGCAGACGGGGCAGAGAUGGUGAACCAGGGCCUCCCGGUCCACCAGGUCCUAAAGGAGACAAGGGGGAUCCAGGCGACCAGGGACCGCGGGGACAACCUGGCCCCCCUGCGUUGGCAGCUUUGCACAGCAAUCAAAUCCUGACUGUAAAGGGAGAUCAGGGCCAGGCUGGCCCCCCAGGGCCUCCCGGUCCCCCAGGUCCACCGGGACCAAGGGGCCCCCCUGGCGACACGGGCAAAGAUGGCCCCAGAGGAUUGCCUGGGUUGGCGGGAGACCCAGGGCUGCCAGGGGAGAUAGGACCAAUGGGACCAGAGGGCCCCGAAGGACCCAAGGGGUUGCCAGGCCCCCCAGGACUACCUGGUGCUGAUGGUCUGAAGGGUGAAAUGGGAGAGCGAGGAGAAAAGGGUGACAUGGGAGAAGAAGGCCAGAAGGGUGAGAUAGGCGAGAAGGGGGACUCGGGCUCGUCCGCUGCUGGGAUCAAGGGUGAGCCAGGGUUGCCAGGAAAAGAGGGACACAAGGGAGAGCCAGGACUCCCAGGGCUGCCUGGACUCCCAGGGAUAAAGGGUGAGCCAGGAUACAUGGGACCCCAGGGAGAUCCAGGUCUGCCAGGGCUGCCAGGAACUAAGGGGGAACGUGGGGAGCAGGGCCCACCAGGGAAGGGCGCGCGAGGAGAGAUUGGCCCCCCGGGACAGAAGGGAGUGCAGGGAGAAUCUGGGACCCCAGGUCUCAAAGGGUCAAAGGGUGACCCUGGGGAGACAGGUGCGACUGGACCAAGGGGCCCACCUGGACCGAAGGGAGACCAAGGAGCCACUGAGAUCAUCGACUACAGCGGAAACAUACAAGACGCUCUGCAGGGCCCCCCUGGACCUCCUGGGCCAAUGGGACCACAGGGCAUAAAGGGGGACCGAGGAGCACCUGGUUUCCCGGGGCUUGAUGGCGAGAGGGGCAUGAAAGGGUCAAAAGGUGACGCGGGCAACCCGGGACCAUCCGGAGAGAAAGGAGGGCUGGGAUUACCUGGCUUGCCUGGUGUGAACGGCCUUAAAGGAGAAAAGGGAGACACGGGCUUGCCUGGUGCACAGGGACCUUCGAUAAUCGGCCCUCCCGGGGCCCCAGGCCCCCAUGGGCCCCCAGGACCAAUGGGCCCCAAUGGUAUUCCUGGACCCAAGGGAGAGGCAGGGUCGCACGGACAGAAGGGAGCACGCGGGGAACCAGGACACAAGGGUGACAGAGGACCGCUGGGUCUGCCGGGAGCGUCAGGCUUGGAUGGUCAUCCCGGAGCCAGGGGAAUGGAUGGGCCCAUUGGCCCCGCAGGCCCAGCUGGUCCAAAAGGGGACAGAGGUGAAAAGGGCUCACCGGGAGAGCCUGGGCCUAGGGGACCUCAUGGACUGCCUGGUGCCGUAGGCACACCAGGAUCAGAUGGAAUACCAGGCUUGCGGGGAGAGAAAGGAGACCCAGGCGAAAGAGGAGAAAAGGGGGAGAAGGGAAAGAAGGGCAAAAAAGGCCCUAAGGGAGAAAAAGGAGAGCAGGGUGCUCCCGGAUUAGAUGCCCCCUGCCCAUUGGGCCCAGAUGGUCUACCAAUGCCAGGAUGUUGGCAGAAGUGAUCAGUCUAACCCCCAAAGCAUGAAGUUUGUAAAUAAUGCUUCAUUUUUUUGUAUUUAUAGUCUUUUUUUAAUUGAAAACGUAGAUGUAUAUGAAAGAAAGUCCAUGAAGCUGUUUAAAUGUCGCCAAUUCCACUGAUCUGCCAUAACAAGUGUGUGUAACUCUCACGUCAGCAUUGUGGAGUAAAGCUGCUUGGCUGAUAACAGAGCUCUUAAAGGACAUAGCGCCUAGAGCCAAUUUGCCAGCUUGCUUGCAUGGACAGUGGUAAAAGAGGACUUUGGCAGUUGUGACCAAAACAGAACUAUGGGAAAACAAUUAAAAGGAGGUGGGACCAGACUCGCCGUGACAGGAAACAAGAGACGUUGGUGUCUGUAUUCAUCUCAAGCUCAUCUCCCAUCCCUGCCUCAAAACAUGCUGACAAAAUGCAACAAAAAAAAUUUUUAAAAGCAUGAGUACUGUGUCAAACUAGGCAUAUAUGUGGAUGGAUGUGCAUAUCGCUUUGUGGUGUGGUCACGUUUAUGGCUUCCUCAAACACUAACUAGCUGUCCAUCACAACUUACUGAAAAAAAAAAAAA